GAAUUGAAUUGAUUUCCUUUUCCUGUUUUUGUGUUAUAACUUAAAACUGUUAAACUAAUAGUGUGUUUAAUAGUUAUAAUUAGUUAAUUAUAAUCAAUGGGUCGAGUGAUUAGAUCCCAACGUAAAGGCGCCGGUUCUGUGUUUAAGAGCCAUAACAAGCACCGGAAGGGCGCACCUAAGCUCAGGGCCAUUGAUUUCGCCGAAAGACAUGGUUAUAUCAAAGGAGUGAUUCGGGAGAUCAUUCACGACCCGGGAAGAGGUGCCCCAUUAGCACAGGUGGUGUUUCGCGAUCCCUAUAAAUACAAAUUAAGGAAAGAGCUGUUUUUGGCAGCGGAGGGCAUGUAUACGGGACAGUUCGUCUAUUGUGGUCGUAAAGCUACACUACAAAUCGGUAAUGUUUUACCGGUUGGUACUAUGCCUGAGGGAACUGUUGUCUGCAAUUUGGAGGAAAAGUCAGGCGAUAGGGGACGCAUUGCACGGGCUUCAGGUGACUACGCAACUGUCAUUUCACACAAUCCCGACACUAAGAAAACUCGAGUUAAGUUGCCAUCGGGUGCAAAGAAAGUGGUGCCGUCAGCCAAUCGGGCAAUGGUUGGUAUUAUUGCUGGCGGAGGAAGAAUUGAUAAGCCUAUUCUAAAAGCUGGUCGCGCUUAUCACAAGUAUAAGGCAAAGAGGAACUGUUGGCCAAAGGUUAGAGGUGUGGCUAUGAAUCCAGUUGAACAUCCACACGGCGGCGGUAAUCAUCAACAUAUUGGUCACGCGUCUACAGUUAGACGCGAUGCCAGUGCUGGACGAAAGGUCGGUUUGAUAGCUGCCCGACGUACCGGUCGUAUUAGGGGUGGAAAGAAGGAAGUGAAAGAUGAAUCGAAAUAACUAUUGUAUCACUUCUUUAAUAAAUAAAUGAAUGGUUUAUAUGAUUUGUUU